AUGAGUCUUAAAUUCGUGUGCGCCGUGUUCGUGGUGAUCUGCCUUUUUCCAAAUUUCAACCAAGCCGACAGCUUCACUACCGAUCCGUAUCCCGACAGUGAAUCCACGGUGCCGUAUUUAAAUUUUACAAAUAUAACCAUCCCAGAUGUGGAUGGGAUUGGCACAGUCCAUGUCACCAGCGUCGGGAGUGCCAAACUCUCCUGUCCGCUGACAAAAGAAAGAGCUCAAGUUUGGGAACAAGUGACUCUCUACGUGAGUACCUGUGUGCACCUGAUGAAUGUUGACAUUGACAUGCCGGACCUGAGGCUGAACACUACAAUUGGUCUUGCAGUUUUCAAUGUCUCCGUAGACAUGACGAAGAGUGAGAGUCAGAUACUUGCAGCCAAUGUAACCGUAGCAAUUACUGAAUGGAAUGUCACCAGUAUUGGCGGACCGCCGCUUUAUGUCAACAUUUCGUCAAAGAAAUUGAACAACCGAGAUGCCAUGCAAGUACUUUUGGAAAGUGAGGCCAAUUCGCAACUGAAGAAGCCAGGACAUGCAGACUGGCUUUACGACAAAUUGUCCGAACUGUGGCCUAAACCAACUGAAACAUCUACGACUUUUGACUAUAUGUCAACUGCAAUUGAUAUGUUUUAA